AUGUGUCAGGUACAAGAAGAUGAGUUCCACAUCAGCUUUUGCCAGCAAGAGAAGCUGCCAAUGACCUUCCAGUCUUGUGUGAUUACCAAAGAGUGCCAGGUGUCCGAAUGGGCAGAAUGGAGCGCAUGCUCAAAAACUUGCCACGAUGUGAAAUCCCCUACAGGCACUCGUGUGAGGACACGGACCAUCAGGCAGUUUCCUAUUGGCAGUGAAAAGGACUGUCCAGAACUUGAGGACAAAGAACCCUGUGUGUCUCAAGGAGAUGGAGCUGCCCCCUGUGCCACGUACGGCUGGAGGACGACGGAGUGGACCGAGUGCCGCGUGGACCCGCUGCUCAGCCAGCAGGACAGGAGGCGCGGCAACCACACGGCCCUGUGCGGAGGAGGCGUCCAGACCCGAGAGGCGUACUGCGCGCGGGCCCCCGAAAACCUCCCCUCCAACCUUAGAGCCCGCCCGGACGCAGAAGCUUCAAAACCAGUGGACAUGAAAUUAUGCACUGGCCCUGUCCCUAAUACUACACAGCUGUGCCACAUUCCUUGUCCAAUUGAAUGUGAAGUUUCACCUUGGACAGCUUGGGGACCUUGUACUUAUGAAAACUGUAAUGACCAGCAAGGCAAAAAAGGCUUCAAACUGAGGAAGCGGCGUAUUACCAAUGAGCCCACUGGAGGCUCUGGGGGGACUGGAAACUGCCCUCACUUACUGGAAGCCAUUCCCUGUGAAGAGCCAUCCUGCUAUGACUGGAAAGCAGUGAGGCUCGGAGACUGCGAGCCAGAUAAUGGGAAGGAGUGUGGUCCGGGCACUCAAGUUCAAGAGGUUGUGUGCAUCAACAGUGAUGGAGAAGAAGUUGACAGACAGCUGUGCAGAGAUGCCAUCUUCCCCAUCCCUGUGGCCUGUGAUGCCCCAUGCCCCAAAGACUGUGUGCUCAGCAUGUGGUCUACAUGGUCCUCCUGCUCACACACCUGCUCAGGGAAGACCACAGAAGGGAAACAGAUCCGAGCCCGGUCCAUUCUGGCCUAUGCGGGUGAAGAAGGUGGAAUUCACUGUCCAAAUAGCAGUGCUUUGCAAGAGGUGCGCAGCUGCAAUGAGCAUCCUUGUACUGUGUACCACUGGCAAACCGGUCCUUGGGGCCAGUGCAUCGAGGACACCUCAGUAUCAUCCUUCAACACAACCACAACUUGGAAUGGGGAGGCCUCCUGCUCUGUUGGCAUGCAGACCAGAAAAGUCAUCUGUGUGCGAGUCAAUGUGGGCCAAGUGGGACCCAAAAAGUGUCCUGAAAGCCUUCGGCCUGAAACAGUGAGGCCUUGUCUGCUUCCUUGUAGGAAGGACUGCAUCAUGAGCCCAUACAGUGACUGGACUUCAUGCCCUUCCUCAUGUCGAGAAGGGGACUCCAGGGUCAGGAAGCAGUCUCGGCACCGGGUCAUCAUUCAGCUGCCAGCCAAUGGAGGCCGGGACUGCACAGAUCCGCUCUAUGAAGAUAAGGCCUGCGAAGCCCCUCAAGUGUGCCAGAGCUACAGGUGGAAGACUCACAAGUGGCGCAGGUGUCAAUUAGUCCCUUGGAGUGUGCAGCAGGACAGCCCUGGAGCACAGGAAAGCUGUGGGCCUGGACGACAGGCAAGAGCCAUUACCUGUCGAAAGCAAGAUGGAGGGCAGGUUGGCGUCCUGGAGUGCCUCCAGUAUGCAGGCCCUGUGCCAGCCCUCACCCAAGCUUGCCAGAUCCCCUGCCAAGAUGACUGUCAAUUCACCAGCUGGUCCAAGUUUUCUUCAUGCAAUGGAGAUUGUGGUGCAGUUAGGACCAGAAAGCGCACCAUUGUUGGAAAAAGUAAAAAGAAGGAAAAAUGUAAAAAUUCCCAUCUGUACCCCCUGAUUGAGACUCAGUAUUGUCCUUGUGACAAAUACAAUGCACAGCCUGUGGGGAACUGGUCAGACUGUAUUUUACCAGAGGGGAAAGUGGAAGUGUUACUGGGAAUGAAAAUACAAGCAGACAUCAAGGAAUGUGGACAAGGAUACCGUUACCAAGCAAUGGCAUGCUACGAUCAAAAUGGCAGGCUGGUGGAAACAUCCAGAUGUAACAGCCAUGGUUACAUUGAGGAAGCCUGCAUCAUCCCCUGUCCCUCAGACUGCAAGCUCAGUGAAUGGUCCAACUGGUCACGCUGCAGCAAGUCUUGUGGGAGUGGUGUGAAAGUUCGCUCUAAAUGGCUGCGUGAAAAACCAUAUAAUGGAGGAAGGCCUUGCCCCAAACUGGAUCAUGUUAACCAGGCCCAGGUGUAUGAGGUUGUCCCGUGCCACAGUGACUGCAACCAGUACAUAUGGGUUACAGAGCCAUGGAGCGUCUGCAAGGUGACCUUUGUGAAUAUGGGAGAUAACUGUGGAGAGGGAGUACAAACCCGAAAAGUGAGAUGCAUGCAGAAUACAGCAGAUGGCCCUUCUGAACAGGUAGAGGAUUACCUCUGUGACCCAGAAGAGAUGCCCCUGGGCUCUAGAGAGUGCAAAUUACCAUGCCCUGAGGACUGUGUGAUAUCUGAAUGGAGUCUAUGGACCAGAUGUGCUUUGCCUUGCAAUCAAAGCAGUUUCCGGCAGAGGUCAGCUGAUCCCAUCAGACAACCUGCUGAUGAAGGAAGAUCCUGCCCUGAUGCUGUGGAGAAGGAACCUUGUAACCUGAACAGAAACUGCUACCACUAUGAUUAUAAUGUCACAGACUGGAGUACAUGUCAGCUCAGUGAGAAGGCAGUUUGUGGAAACGGCAUUAAAACAAGGAUGUUGGAUUGUGUUCGAAGUGAUGGAAAGUCGGUUGACCUGAACUAUUGUGAAGAGCUCAGCCUGGAGAAGAACUGGCAGAUGAACACAUCCUGCAUGGUGGAAUGCCCUGUGAACUGUCAGCUUUCUGAAUGGUCACCUUGGUCAGAAUGUUCUCAAACAUGUGGCCUCACAGGAAAAAUGAUCCGAAGACGAACAGUGACUCAGCCCUUUCAGGGUGAUGGAAGACCGUGCCCUUCCCUCAUGGACCAGUCUAAACCUUGCCCAGUGAAGCCGUGUUAUCGGUGGCAAUAUGGCCAGUGGUCUCCGUGCCAAGUGCAGGAGGCCCAGUGCGGAGAAGGGACCAGAACAAGGAACAUUUCUUGUGUCGUGAGUGAUGGGUCAGCUGAUGAUAUCAGCAAAGUGGUGGAUGAGGAAUUCUGUGCUGACAUUGAACCCAUUGUAGAUGGCAAUAAGAAAAUGGUUUUGGAGGAAACCUGCACCCAGCCUUGUCCAGGUGACUGUUAUUUGAAGGACUGGUCUUCGUGGAGCCUGUGUCAGCUGACCUGUGUGAACGGUGAGGAUCUAGGCUUUGGAGGAAUACAGGUCCGAUCCAGAGCUGUGAUUAUACAAGAACUAGAAAAUCAACAUCUGUGCCCAGAGCAGAUGUUAGAAACAAAAUCAUGUGAUGAUGGGCAGUGUUAUGAGUAUAAGUGGAUGGCCAGUGCUUGGAAGGGCUCUUCCCGAACAGUCUGGUGUCAAAGGUCAGAUGGUGUGAAUGUAACAGGGGGCUGCUUGGUGGUGAGCCAACCCGAUGCUGACAGGUCUUGUAACCCACCGUGUAGUCAACCCCACUCAUACUGUAGCGAGGUGAAAACAUGCCAUUGUGAAGAAGGGUACACUGAAGUCAUGUCUUCUAACAGUACACUUGAGCAGUGCACACUUAUCCCUGUGGUGAUGAUACCCACCAUGGAGGACAAAAGAGGAGAUGUGAAAACCAGUCGGGCAGUACAUCCAACCCAACCCUCCAGUAACCCAGCAGGACGGGGAAGGACCUGGUUUCUACAGCCAUUUGGGCCAGAUGGGAGACUGAAGACCUGGGUUUAUGGUGUAGCAGCCGGGGCAUUUGUGUUACUCAUCUUUAUUGUCUCCAUGAUUUAUCUUGCUUGCAAAAAGCCAAAGAAACCCCAGAGAAGGCAAAACAACCGACUGAAACCUUUAACCUUAGCCUAUGAUGGGGAUGCAGACAUGUAACAUAUAAUGAUUCCUCGCAAUAACCAGUUUUGGCUUUCUAACUUUGUAAUCAAUAUCCAUAGGCCACAACACAAGUAUCCAGACUGUGUGGAUUAAAAUUCAUUUUAACUUUUUAAAAGAGCAUCAUAAAGAUAAAAGUGAAAAUCAUACUGCCACUGGGGAUAUUCAAGACUGUACCACUUACAUAUAGACCAUUAACCCUGAGAAUUUAGGAAAUUUAGUUGAACACAUGCUGCAUUCUGAGAGGUUUAUGUCAUGUUUUCUGAAAUCUACCAACUGAAAAACCACUUUCAUCUCUAGAAAAUAGUGGUGGAAUUGGCCAGUUAGGAUGCCUGUUGCAAGACUGACUACUGCAGUGUUAAACCCAUAAAGCUUUCAAGCAUGAAGAGUUUAUACCAAGAUCUCCACAAUACUAUAGUCAAGCAUAACAACACAUAUACUCAAUUGAAUGAUACACAUGAUUAUGUCAGAUUAUGUACCUGUUAAUAAAUAAUUUUAACAGUGAAUAAGAGAUAAACUCUAAGCUGAGCAGAAAAUCCAUUGGAUAAAUUCAGUAUUUUGAAGGUUGAUGGUAGCUUUUAUUGACCUGCAUUUCAGAGACAAAGACUCUUUUAUAAGACUUCAUUCUUGUCUCUCUCCAAAGUAUGAAUGCUGGACAUGUACUAGUAUCUUAGAAGAAAGAGUCCUGAAGUUCAGUAUUUUAUAGUGGUUAUUGUCUGGAAAACUAAUUUGCUUGUGUUAAUACAGUACAUUUCUACUUUCCCUAAUUUUCAAACUGGUUGCCUGUAUCUUUUUUGCUAUAUGGAAGGCACAUUUUUGCACUAUAUUAGUGCAGCAUGAUAGGCACUUAACCAAUAUUGCCAUAGAAACUGCCUCUUUUCAUAUGGGAUGAAGACACCUGUGCCGAGAGUGUCACGGAGACAUUUGCAAGUUCUUGUAUCCUGAAGAGAGUAAAGUUCAGUUUGGAUGGUGACAGGAUGGAAUCAGCUGUUACACCUGCUGUACAUACUCUUCCUUAUCACUGCAGCCAUUGUGAAAUCGACAACAUGGUGGUAAUUUAAGUGUCCAAGUCCCUAACCCAUUAACCCGCCAAAGGUGGAUCCCUCUAGUUGGUUUGUAAUUGUUCUUUGAAGGCUGUUUAUGACUAGAUUUUUAUAUUUGUUAUCUUUGUUAAAAAAAGAAAAGAAAAGAAAAAAAGGAACUGGUUGUCUUUUUAAUUUCGAGCAGAUGGAGAAAAUAAUGUAUCAAUGAUUUUUGUAACUAAUAGCAAUCCAAAUUAUGCGUUGAUUUUUCUUUCUCCUCGAUUUGUUUUCCCAGUUUCAAAUUGGAUGUCUGUCUUGCAGGCAGCAUUUCAAAAUCCAUAGUCUUGUCUUUCUCACUGCUAAAAUUAGAAGCAGACUUUGUAAGGUAUUAUUUCAAAAACUAAAAUUUUGAAAAGAAAAGAAUAAAUAUCUUAUCUAGGGCUUUAUUAAAUAUCUAGACCAAGAGUGGCAAGCUUUUUCUGUAAAGGACCAGAUAUUAAAUAUUUUUAGCCAGCUCCAUGUUGCAAUUUCUCAACUCAGCCACUAUGCCACUACAGCUAUAGACAUAUGCAAAAGGUAAAAGAACAAACAUGGCUGUUUUCCAAUAAAACUUUCUUUGGAGAAACAGCCAGCAGGCCAUACUUGCAAGUUCUAGUUUGCUGACCCCUGGUCUAGAUUUUUUUUUUUUUUUUUUAAUGCUAACUCUCUUAUGUCCUCUUUAGUUUUUAUUCAUUUAUCCUCUGACUGUGGUCAGUGUUUAAUUUCAAAGGUGAAAAUUUACAAGCCAUUAAACUUACCAUUGUAUUGGGAGAAGCUAUAUUUUUCACAGAUGUAGCCUUGGGAAUGACACAGUGGAACAAUAUCUAAAUUAGCAGACUUUUUUCAUAUGAAAAGAAAAUUCAAAAGGUGCCAUUGAAAAGCAAUAUCAUUUUUAAGGCCACGUUUAUUGCGACAACCUUUGGGAAAGGGGAGGGCCUUAGGUUUUCAGGUCUUUUAAAAAUAGCAUAACAAGUUAUUUUAUUUUAAGCAUAGCUGUGUUGCUGAAAAGUGGUUUGGAUUAUAAGGUAUUUUGCCUUCAUACUGCAGUUUGAACUCCCCCUACUGUUCAUUAGUGAAUUUGCAAAGAUUAAGGAUGUCAUAGUCCCCAAAGUGAAAAGAUUUUUUAUGUAUUUCAAUGAGAACUAAAUGCAGUAAACUCUAAUUCCUUAUUCAGUAUUCACUAUAUUAGGCAAAGUAAAUCAUUUCAAAGAGAACAGGUAGUCAGGACGAUGAGAAUUUUACUUUAAAACAAGGAUUUAAAUAAGGAAAACCAUAAAAACAAAAUCCAUUUCAUCUGUUUUACUGAAGAGAAAGACAAAAAUAAUAUUGUUACUCUAAAACUGUGAUCAUCAAUGUAUAUACUCAGGGGUCUUCCAGAUAAUCCUCAAGUUGAUCUCACCGAAUAAAGUAAACUCCAUUUGUCUAAAAUGGUUGAGAAAGAAUCUAUUGCAGUUACUUUCAGCUAACAGUCUUAUGGAAUGUGUGCAACCCCUAAAAAUUUUGAAGUGGAGAACAGAAUAUGUUAUUCUACUAAAACUGUACUUAAGAUAUUGUAAAAUGUCAUUAAUUCAGAAGACAAAUUAGUAUCAUCCUACCUAUAUAGUAAGAAUUAAACUAUAAUCAAAAAUUAUAAAAUCUCAUAAGAAUACAAGAUGUUUUUAUUCAUAAAUUGAUUACAUUUUACACCAUAUAUAGAGACAAGAUUAGGUUGAAUGUGACCUAACACAGGAGAACGUAUUGGAAGUCGAUUGUUAGGAUAAAUCAAUACUGGAUGGCCUCUUGUUAGAAAGGUGGAAAGAAGGGAAUGUAGCUAUCUGGCUAUUUUGGACAAAUGGGAAGUUACUGUAUUUAUGUUUCUAACCUGAAAAAGGCCUUAUUUUUGUUCCUAACAUGAGUCAAUAAUGAAUUAAAUACUGUACUGGAAUUUCAUUAGAACCUUAUUCCUCCUGUUCGUUUUUAGAAUUCAGGAGGGAAAUAGUAGUAGGAACUUGUCUGUCUCUUGACACUUUUGCCUUACCAAAAUGGUCUAUGAGCUCACAAAGAUGUAGAACUACUGUUCUAUAAGUAUGAAGUUCUGCUUGGUUUAAAAGAAAAAAAAAGGAAAGACAAGAAAAAUAUUGACACAGUGUUAUAUGAUUUUGUUGGACUGUUUUGGUGGAAACAACAUAGAAGGGGCAUAACUGGUCUCUCUUGAAAGGAGCUGACUUGCUUAUUCAUCAAUGCCGAUUCAAUAUUUUGACAAUAAUCCUCAUUUCAAAGUCUUUUUGAGGACACUACAGUGUAGUAUAAGCUAAUUGAAAAGGGGUGCAUAAAAGCAUGUUUUUAAUUAUUUAAAACAAAGCACAAAUUACUUAUAGCAAGACAAAUAUUUAUUGAAUUAUAACAAGUAAGACACUGCUACGCACUGUACAAAAAAUUAAUAAUGGCUUUUGUAUAUUUAGGUUCCUAAGACAUUCAAAAGGACAAAAUGCUUAACAAGUAAAGAUAGCACUUAAACGCAGUGCCCUUUAUUCUGGAUUUAUUUUUAAAUGUGGUUAGUAUUUCUCCAUAAGUAAUGUGUCUUAGGCCAUGCUUGUAGGAGUUUGGUUUUUCCCUAUUCCUCCCUGACUUGGCUGGCCAUGGUCACUGUGGCUUAAUCAGCUUCUGUUACGUUCCUGGACAUUUCAAGAUAAAGUCACUUCUUACUUCUUAUAGGAAGCAAGUAGCAUCUCUCACGGUUAUUGACUUCCUCCAACUCCCUGUAUCCUUGGUCCUUUAUGAUGAUUUUCUCUGCCUGGUCUCUCUCUCUACCCUGCUCUCUUAUCAACAGCUAAUCUUGUCUACUUCCCUUACAACCACCUUGCACUACCCAUGCCCAAAUUUUUAAUAAGAAAAGGAGGACAAUACCUAUAUCCCCUUCAUAUUGGAAUUAAAGUGUGAACAGAAAUUCACAGUAAUUUAAGCAGAAUGCACUGGUCAAAGAAAUGAAUAAAAGGGAAAGAAAAGAUGUAGAAGGCAUGUAAAAAAAAAAAAAAAAAAGACCUUUUCUGCAAAAAUACCUAUUGGUGCACCUGCUUUAGUCUUGCCCGGUAUCCUCCUAGUCCUCUUCCUUCCCUCUUGUUUCUUUGUUUACUUCCCACCUUUCAAAGCCAUGAGGGAGGCCUAUACCUUCAAUACUGUACAGAAGGAGAGCCCAUUCUUAGGCUAACGUGGUAUCUGAAUAGAUUUGCAACAACCAUGCUUCCCAGAUGAUCUGGGCUCUCAUUAUUUAUAAAAGUAUUACCAAACUUAAAUGUGUUUCUUGUUCUAUUUCCCCUCUAAGAUCAAGGCUGUUGAAAGGACAGCAGUCCAGAAACAAAUCUGUGAGGCCUCUUGUCAGGGUGUGAUUGAUCUUUCCUAUGUGUAAUUUAGAUGUGAGAACCACACCAUCUGCCUGUUCAGGUAAUAACCAUCUCACCUGGUCCUACCCUCAGAUGGCCAGGAUUUCAGGUAUCUGAAUCUGGAGUGUGAGCCUAGCAAACAGUUAUUCUUCUAUAAAAAGGAUGUUUUUCAGUGUGAUGUGAUAAUUCUGUAUCUAGAAGAGACACUGAAAAUGGUUAUGUCUACGUUAUUAAAUGAAUAAAACAAAUGCUAAAUGAAUAGA